GAUUCAGAGAUGUUAAAUGAUUAACCGCACAUGUGCACAACAGUUGCGCAAGCAGAAAUCAGAGAAAGCCUUCUUUCGACAGACAACAAUUUCUCGCAGAGCAAACACAAGCAGCUCUUCUGAAUCGUCAAUAUAACAGUAUGAACAGCGAGAACUUCAGGCUGAGUGAGAAGCUCGUGUCCGCCUCAUAUGUGCGGCAGGGUCUGGACGCGCGCCGCGGGCACGAGCAGCUCAUCCGACGGCUGUUAGACCAGGGUAAAUGUCCAGAGGAGGGCUGGAGCGAAAGCACCAUUGAGCUCUUCCUGAAUGAACUGGCUGUCAUGGACAGCAACAACUUCUUAGGGAACUGUGGUGUGGGAGAGAGAGAAGGACGAGUGGCAUCCAGCCUGGUGGCCAGGAGACAUUACAGGCUGAUCCAUGGCAUCGGUCGGUCGGGUGACAUCGCAGCUGUUCAGCCGAAAGCCGCCGGUUCGAGUCUUCUGAAUAAAAUCACUAAUUCAGUAGUUCUGGACGUGCUGAAGCUCACAGGCGUCCGCAGCGUGUCCUCGUGUUUCGUGGUGCCGAUGGCCACAGGAAUGAGCCUCACGCUGUGUUUCCUCACGCUCAGACACAGGAGACCAAAAGCACGUUAUAUUCUCUGGCCUCGCAUUGACCAGAAGUCCUGUUUCAAGUCUAUGGUGACCGCUGGCUUUGAGCCUGUGGUGAUCGAGAAUGUUCUGGAAGGAGACGAGCUGAGGACGAAUCUGGAGGAAGUGGAGAGGAAGAUUGAGGAGUUCGGGGCUGAAAACAUCCUGUGUGUUCAUUCCACCACUUCCUGUUUCGCACCGCGUGUCCCUGACAGGUUAGAGGAACUCUCGGUUUUAUGUGCCAAGCAUGAUAUUCCUCACAUAGUCAAUAACGCUUAUGGAGUGCAGUCGUCCAAAUGUAUGCACCUUAUUCAGCAGGGGGCUCGGGUAGGGAGAAUCGAUGCCUUUGUCCAAAGUCUGGAUAAAAACUUCAUGGUCCCAGUCGGCGGUGCAAUUAUCGCUGGGUUUGAUGAAAACUUCAUUCAGGAGAUCAGUAAGAUCUACCCAGGUCGAGCGUCUGCGUCUCCAUCUCUAGAUGUCCUCAUCACACUGCUCACACUGGGAGCAAACGGAUACAAGAAACUCCUGGCGGACAGAAAGGAGCUGUACGGGCAUCUGGCGCAGGAGCUGAGCGCUUUAGCCGCGAGACACGGAGAGAGACUGCUGAAAACACCACACAACCCCAUAUCACUGGCGAUGUCCCUGAACCAUCUGGAAGCCCACAGUAGCUCUGCAGUCACUCAGCUGGGCUCCAUGCUCUUCACCAGGCAGGUUUCUGGAGCCAGGGUGGUCCCAUUAGGAGUGCAGCAGACUGUGAGUGGACACACCUUCAGUGGCUUUAUGUCCCACUCCGAGGCCUACCCCUGCCCAUACCUGAACGCUGCGUCUGCUAUAGGAAUAACCAAAGGAGACGUCACCGUGUGCAUGAAGAGACUGGAGAAAUGCCUGAAAAUCCUGAAGAAAGAGAAAAGUGACCCUGCAGAGCUGGAGGCGGAAGAUGGAGAGCUGGAGGAGAGCCCACAGAGAUCCACAGAGUUGCGUGUGUAGGGAUGUUUAUGAUGAUAUUGUGGCUGUAAUGCUGUGUGUGUGUGUUGUGUUUGAAUGUUGAUUUAUCCGCAUAAGGCCAUGAUAGAUCUGUGCUAAACUGAAGCACUUUGUGUAACUGGACAGAUAAUAAUAAAUAUGAUUUCAUUGUUUUAAA